AAAUAUUUGUAGUAACAUAUUACAGAACAGAACUGUGUUAACGUCAUUUUAUUAUUUUACAGGUUGCAACAUGGAUAAAGAUCACAUUCUUUCUUUUUAAUUUCCUUCUUUUACUCAUCCUUUCACCUUGCACUUUGGAAUCCUUCUUUUUUCCCCACUCGAAAGAAUAUCCGUAUAAAAGUGUAGAAGCAUGUGUAUUUUUGAAGGUAAUUGAAAAUAGUAUAAGACUACAUCUUCUAUAUAAAUCAUAAAUUUUAUCUCAUUAAGAGGUUAUAUUUUUAUUUAUUUAGUUUUUGUUUUUUCUUUUUGGUUAUAUUUCUUACGCCAAGAACAUGAAAAAAUGUAAUAAGAUCGAUCCUUCCAAAGAGAUCUUUAGAAAACAUCUUCUGCACGAACCUUGAUGUAAAUGUCAACGAAUAUCGUAGCAAGAUAUGCUGAGAAGAAAAAGGAGAAUCAUAUACAUGCCCGGAUGGUUGGAGGGGCGUCAGACAUCGAUAAGAGAAAUCGAAUCAAGCUUGCUACGUGGAAUUGUGAAAGUAAAGGUGUAUCGUUCCUUUCGAGUCAGAAGUCAUUCCUUAGUGUCAAAUACAGAGUUUUGACCAUCAUGGAGAAUUUGAAAAGAAAAUUGGAGGACUACGGUCAGGAACAUCUGUUACAAUAUUGGGAUCAGUUAUCGCAAGAGGAGAGGGACGUAUUGGAGAAAGAAAUUUUAGAAUUAGACUUAAUCGAAUUGACGUCUUAUUACGAUAGAGCAACGUCCUCCUUAUCAACUGUUAAAAAUAAAUUAGACGAUAAAAUACAACCCAUACCGGAAAAUAAUAUUGUUUCUGGAGAAGCAUGUACUAAAGAAGAAUUAAAGAUGUAUAAUUCAUUGGGAUUGCAAGAAGUAGCGAAUGGACGUGUCGCUGUUUUAUUAUUAGCUGGUGGACAAGGUACUCGUUUAGGCGUUACAUACCCUAAAGGUAUGUAUGAAGUUGGAUUACCGUCCCACAAAAGUCUAUUUCAAUUACAAGCUGAAAGGAUACGUAGAUUGGAAACCUUAGCAGAGAAAUAUUGGGGAAAGAAGGGUGAGAUAAUAUGGUAUAUAAUGACUAGCGAAGCUACACACGAUUCUACAAUCAUUUUUCUUCGAGAAAAUGAUUAUUUUGGUCUAAAAGAGAAAAAUGUAAUGGCCUUUAAGCAAGGUAUGCUACCUUGUUUCACUCUAAACGGAAAGAUUAUCUUAGAUGAGAAACAUAAGAUAUCAAGAGCACCAGAUGGAAAUGGUGGAUUGUACAAAGCAUUGAAAGUCCAAGGAGUAUUAGACGACAUGGUACAACGCGGUAUUCGUAGUAUUCAUGUACAUUCCGUAGAUAAUAUCUUAGUAAAGGUAGCGGAUCCUAUAUUUUUGGGAUAUUGUUUAUCCGUAUCAACGGAUUGUGGUGUUAAAGUAAUUGAAAAAUCUUCACCGUCCGAGCCAGUAGGAGUGGUUUGUAAGGUGGACGAUCAUUAUCAAGUCGUCGAAUAUAGUGAAAUUUCAAAAGAAACGGCGGAACUUCGACAAGACGAUGGUCGACUUGUGUUCAAUGCUGCGAACAUAUGUAAUCAUUAUUUUACUGUAGAUUUUUUGUUGGCACUUGGCAAUAAGUACGAGGCGUCGAUGGAAUUACACGCAGCGAAGAAGAAAAUUCCUUACAUCGAUGAUAAUGGAAAGAAAUGCACUCCAACCAAUCCGAAUGGUAUUAAAAUUGAAAAAUUUGUAUUUGAUGUGUUCAAAUUCGCAAAGAAUUUUGCUGCCUGGCAAGGUAUUCGCGAAGAAGAAUUUAGUCCUCUUAAGAAUUCGGAUUCUGCCAAGCAAGAUUGUCCCUCUACUGCACGUCGUGAUUUACUUUGGCUUCAUAAGAAGUGGUUGUUAAAUGCGGGUGCGCAAAAAAUUAAUGGAGAUGUUGAAGUAUCACCUUUACGUUCAUACGCGGGUGAGAAUUUAACUAAUAUCGCGCAAGACCAAUCGUUCGAAGGACCUAGUGUUAUCGAAUAAUAUCUAUGAAACUUAAUAGAUCGCAUUAAGGAAGAUUUUUCAAUUGAUAUUUUAUUACUAUCCAAGGGAUAUAAAACAUUUGUAUUUCUUCAGUAUUGUUAGAGAAGAAUGGAAAUAUUCCUAUUCCGUUUUCAUUAAAUCAUUCGUAUGAUACAAUGUUGGACAAUAUUGAAUUAAAUUAACAAUUAACAUUUACAAUUGCAGUUCUUGUUUCUAUGGAACAAUUAGUCAAUGCGUUGUGAGUCAAUACAAUAGCUUUUUAAUGAUUCAUGAUGUGUCUACGAAAUAAUUUAUCAAUAUUCAAUUAUUGACGUAUAAUUUCGUAGAUAGACCACAAAUCAUUGACAAACUAUUCCACAGAAAUGUCUACGUUAAUUGUUAUUAAUCGUUAAUCGAUUAAAAUAGUGUUCAACAUUGCUGUAUUCAAUAUGAGAUAUAAAAAGAAAAUUUUUUAUCGGUGUGCGAUUUUUGAUAACGAAUGUAUAUAUUGCGAUCUAGUCGAUUAUCGAGCAAGAUACCAAUAUUAUACAAUAUCAAUGGUAUGUAACAUCUGUUUAUUAAAUAUAUCUUUCUAAUGAAUGCAAUAUGAUCGUUUAAAGAGAUACGAUAUAGUAUAAUUUGCCACAUCGUGUUUGUUAAUGUUAAUAAUAAUUGUUAAUAUUAAUAAUUCUUUUUGUAUUUUUGUUUUUACCAAUAUCGACGUUAUAAUGGUCACUAUAUUAUCGAUUUUACGAUCAUUACUGCAUUAUCAAUAUUACGAUGCUUACUGUAUUAUCGAUAAUACGAUGGUUACUGUGUUAUCAACGCAACGAUGGUCAUUAUAUUAUCGAUUCUAUCGAUAAACUAAAUUACUUCUUUCAAAUGAUAAAAGAUUGAAAUAUUAAAUGCCAAUAAUAGAUUGGUGGUAGUUUUAAACUUUUUAUUUCUUUUAUUUUAAUUCGUCUACAAGAAUUAUUUAUGAAAUUGCAAUAUAUAAGAUGCUAAUAUUUCGGUAACGCAUAUUUAUCGUUCCACAUGUUUGAUGAAGAAACAAAAUGAUAACGAAUACGAAUGAACAGAUUUAUGAAAAUCCGUUAUACUAAAAAAUUUUACAACUUUGAUAAUAUUAAAAUAAAAUUAAAAUGUGAUCUAUCGUGUGUUUAUAUAUAUAUAUAUAUAUAUAUAUAUAUAUAUAUAUAUAUAAUAUAAAUACAUUCGCGGUAUUAAUCAUAAGUCUACAUAAAUAUAUACAGAUACAAUUUAUUAUAACAUUCUGUAUAUUUUUAUCCUUACAAUCCAUGUAUAUGCAUAAUACGCUAAUUUCUGAUUGUAUGCCCGUGACUAUUAAGUAGACUAAUGUAAAUUUUUUUUUCUUUCUUUUUAUCUUAUUUUUUUUCUUUUUUUUUUCUUUUUCUUUUACUCAUCGUGUAUACAUAUAGUGCCUUACAUAUUAAUUAUGUAUACGGGGAGUAAAAUAGGAACUGUGGUCGCCUGAUGUACUUAAAACUUAUUUACUUAUUUACUUAUUUACUUAUUUUUCAGUAACAUGACUACUACGAGCGAUAUUAAACGUUAUCGGAUGAAAUAAAAAAAGAAGGAUCUCGAGUCUGUUUCAGGCACGAUCUUCCCAAAAUAAAUUGAAGAUUAAAUUUAGAAAGAAUAAUAUAUCGACAAGAGAGAAAGAAUAUCUAGAAGAACAUAUUCCUUUAAUAAAUGAAGAUUUUUCUCUCUGUGUCUAUAAGAGAACCCAUAUAUAAAAAUGGCUGUUUUGGACGAAGUUAAUGGGUUUUCUUUCUUCUUUUUUUUGUGUUUUUUUUUUUCCUUCAUUUUUUACUCUUCCGUACAAACAGGCCGCAAAAAGGCACCGAGCAACGCGAUUUUUUUUUCCACGAGCUCCUAAAUCUCAAAAUCAUGAAUUAUACUUGGACAGAAUAAAUUGACAAGAGCAGAGAAGAAGAAGAAGAAGAAACAAGAAGAUUUAGAUGAGGAAGAAGAAGAAGAAAAGAAAAAGAAAAAAAAGGAAGUAGAACGAAAGAUUUUACAAAAAUCUAAAAAUCGAACGAGUUAUUUCGUUAGACACUUCGUGGAUCAUUGAAUUACUUGAUAGAUAUACACACACACACACACGCCAAUGAAACUCUUAUGAAUCUCGUAUCAUAUUCAAUAAGGUAUGUUAAUGAAACGUUUCACGUUAAUUUCAUUAAUCGAUAUAUUUAUUAUUAUAUUAUUUAUCAUGUAA